AGGGUUUUGUUUGCUUCUCUCUCUCUCUCUCUCUCUCUCUCUCUCUCUCUAUAUAUAUAUAUACAUAUAUGUUACUGUCUCCAAAACCCUACCCUUUUUCUCUCUUUCUCCAAUGGCGUUCUGUUGCCAAUCUCCCAUCAAAACUGUGACAAUCCCUCAACCGAAAGCGUUCGCCAAGACCAAACCCCUGUUCAGGUGCAACCUCUCCCUUCCCUCUAGAUCCCCCCUCACCAGCACCGAACCCGAACCGGUCUACGCCUCCGUCAAGGCCUUCGCGCCUGCCACCGUCGCCAAUCUUGGCCCAGGCUUCGACUUCCUCGGUUGCGCCGUCGAUGGCGUUGGCGACUUCGUCUCCCUCAGCAUUGACCCCCACGUGCAUCCCGGCGAGAUCGCCAUCUCGGAAAUCACCGGCGACAACGCCAAGAAGCUCAGCAAGAACCCGCUCUGGAACUGUGCCGGAAUCGCCGCCAUUGAAGUCAUGAAGAUGCUCGGCAUCCGCUCCGUCGGCCUCUCGCUCUCGCUCGAGAAGGGAUUGCCUCUCGGGAGCGGCCUUGGGUCCAGCGCUGCCAGCGCCGCAGCGGCAGCGGUGGCGGUGAACGAGAUUUUCGGAGGAAAGUUAGGGCUUGAGGAGCUGGUAAUGGCGGGUCUCAAAUCGGAGGAGAAGGUCUCCGGUUACCACGCGGACAAUAUUGCGCCUGCGAUUAUGGGAGGGUUCGUCCUGAUCAGCAAUUACGAGCCUCUGGAGUUCGUCCGACUGAGCUUUCCCGAGGAAAAGGAGCUGCUUUUCGUGCUGGCGAGCCCGGAAUUCGAGGCGCCGACGAAGAAGAUGCGGGCGGUGCUGCCUUUGGAGAUCGGGAUGCCGCACCACGUGUGGAAUUGCAGCCAGGCGGGGGCUCUGGUGGCGGCGGUGCUGCAAGGGGACUCGGCGGGGCUGGGGAAGGCGGUGUCCGCCGAUAAGAUCGUGGAGCCGAGGCGAGCCCCGCUGAUUCCCGGCAUGGAGGCGGUGAAGAAGGCGGCGAUCGAGGCCGGGGCAUUCGGCUGCACCAUCAGCGGAGCCGGGCCGACGGCAGUGGCUGUGACGGACAAUGCUGAGAAGGGGAAAGUGAUUGGGGAGCGGAUGGUUGAUGCCUUCUUGAGAGACGGCAACUUGAAGGCGGCGGCGAGCGUUCAGAGGCUCGACCGGACCGGCGCUAGGCUUAUUGGUAGCAUUCCCAGAUGAAUUUUGCUGCUUUGUUCACGUUCUCACUGUACCUUCCAUCUGCUACGGCUUUCGCUUUGUAAAGAUGAAUAGGAUAAUAUGGCUUUUGCGCAAAUUCCUUGGAAGCUUGCUGUGGUGUGGAAGAAGUGGAUGAAGUUGGCUCUUUGAUGUUUGUUGCAAUGUUGGAUGCCAUUUUUCAACUGGUAAUCUUGUUUCAUUCAACGAACAUUUUCUGUUUUCUUCCAGUUCUCUUGUAACAUCAGUAAUAAAAAUGGGAAAAGAAAAGCGAUUGUCUUGAAGUUGAACAGUGAUGAGUAUAAGCACCAUACUUGUAUUUUUUGUAGCACUUGUUUUAUGCGUUGUGGAAAUAAAAAUGAGAAUUGUCUUGAAGUGAUAUUACCUUGAUAUCACCUUUACUCUUUUCUAUUUUUUGGCAUCGGUUGGUGGGCAUUUCUUUGCUCCAUAUUCUCAGAGAUCUUGAAUCUAAUGUGGGCUUUUGAGGUGAACCCAUCUGAAGACUCCUGAUGUUGAUGUGAGAGUGAGACCAAGAACCAAUUUCCACGCGGUUGUUAGGUGGCUAUAAGUUUAUAUAUAAUUGAAAACAUGGAUAUUUAAUGUGCUCAACAAUCACACGGUGGUUUUGACUUACUAGGGUGAAUUUUGAGUAUGACUGCCUUUGUGUUAACAUAUGAAAUUCCAUUUCCUGGAACCAGAGAGUAUGGUCCGUGGCUACCGAAGACGAUUAAAUAUCCAUCAAGUUAAAUAUGGCCUUCUUAUCUGGAAAGGGGGUAUAGUAAGAUUUUUCAUAUUCAAUAGUUAAUAGAUAGUUUGGUCAACAAAAGUUGGAGCUCGACGGGUCCUGUUAUCAUUUCUUUUUGUGCUUUGCAAGGGGAGAAUCCGAUUAAAGGCCCUCCCUCCCACCGACAAACUCUAAUGGAUCUUCCAUUGAUGUGUCUCCUUGUCAAACCUCCUAUCUCUAUUGUUCUCUUUGCCUCAUCCUCGUGUAUAUUGAGCUGUGUCAUCAUCGUCAUGGUCUCUUGGCGAAUAGCUUUGAUUCUAUGGUACCACCACAUCACAACAAGAACUAGUAGUACCUCACAGCAACCACAAUCCCGUCCUCUGUGUCGAACCGAGGCCUCGACAGGAAGAGUCUCCGAUCUAUCCCCAGAAUUGCACACCAGACAUCAAUCAAUGGGAAUCUCUUGGAAUGUGCAAUCUGCUCGACGGAGUUUGUGGAUGGAGAUGUGAUGAGGGUGUAGCCUCACUGUGGCCAUGGCUUCCAUGUGAAGUGCAUUGAUAGGUGGCUUAAGUGCCAUUCCUCGUGCCCGUUUUGCCGUCAUAUUCUGGCUGUGGGAAGGUAUCAGAACUUUCAAAGGCUCUGAGCUACUCAGGAAGGUUGACUUUUGAGAGCAUACUUUAUAUGUCGGGGUUACUGCCUUUCAUAUCUUGUGUUACUGCUAAUGUAUCAUUAUGUACUCUGAUCCAAAUCAAAUGUCAAUAUUUGUUACCCUUUUUGGUUUUCCUUUUUAA